UAUUUUUAUUUUAUGUUAAGUGAAGUAAAUAAUUUUGGGACUAUUUUAUACAUUAUUCGUCCGCCAUUGACGUUUCACAACAGUAUACAGAACUUAAUUGUAGUAAAGUGACGCGUUCAUACUAGUUAUUACGAAAUAAUAUCAAUUUUUAGAGCAAAUUAACUCUCAAAACAUUAAUAAAUUUCAAUUUGUUCAGUCAUCUAAUCAUGGCUUUUCGUGAUCGUGAUCGGAACGAUAGGCGAGGAAGUGGAGGCGGUGGUGGAGGACGAGGUGGAUCUGGAGGUGGCGGUCGUUUUGGAGGCAAUAGAGAUGGUGGAUCUCGUUAUGGAAAUAAUGGAGGCAAUCGUGACAGUGGUGGAUUUGGUGGUGGCAAUUCAUUUAAAAACCGUCAACCAGGUGAAAGAUUACGAAAACCAAGAUGGGAUUUAGAUAGUCUCCAGCCAUUCCGUAAAGAUUUAUAUCAACCAAAUUCAAGUGUAAUCGCCCGUUCAUCCCAUGCUGUUGACGCUUAUCGCUCCAACAGAGAAAUAACAGUAAAAGGUUUAAUAAUACCAGGGCCUAAUAUUUAUUUUGAAGAUGGUGGGUUUCCUGAUUACAUUUUAACUGAGUUACGUAGACAAGGUUUUGAUCAACCAACAGCUAUUCAAGCGCAAGGUUGGCCGAUUGCACUGUCUGGCCGUGACAUGGUUGGAAUAGCACAAACUGGUUCAGGAAAAACAUUGGCGUAUAUUUUACCAGCAAUCGUCCACAUAAAUCAUCAACCGCGUUUAAACAGAGGAGAUGGACCUAUCGCUCUUGUAUUAGCACCAACGAGAGAACUUGCACAACAAAUCCAACAAGUUGCUGCUGAUUUUGGUGUUUCAUCACAAGUAAGAAAUACAUGUAUAUUUGGUGGAGCACCAAAAGGACCACAAGCACGUGACCUUGAGCGGGGCGUUGAAAUUUGUAUUGCAACACCAGGACGUUUAAUAGAUUUCUUAGAACGUGGUACGACUAACUUACGACGAUGCACUUACUUAGUACUUGAUGAAGCUGAUAGAAUGUUAGACAUGGGAUUCGAACCUCAAAUAAGAAAAAUUGUUGAACAAAUACGACCUGAUAGACAAACACUGAUGUGGUCAGCGACCUGGCCGAAAGAAGUUAGAAAUUUAGCGGAAGAAUUUUUAUCUAAUUAUAUUCAAAUAAAUGUUGGUUCACUGACAUUGUCAGCUAAUCACAAUAUCCUUCAAAUAGUUGAUGUGUGUGAAGAGUACGAGAAAGAAAGUAAACUUAUGAAGUUAUUAGAAGAAAUUUCAAAUGAACCGGAAAAUAAAACUAUAAUAUUUGUUGAAACCAAGAGAAAAGUUGAUGAUAUUACUCGGGCUAUCAAUAGAUACGGAUGGCAAGCGAUUGGCAUUCAUGGUGAUAAAAGCCAACAAGAAAGAGAUUACGUUCUUAAUCAAUUUCGCAGUACUCGAUCGGCAAUUUUAGUAGCUACAGAUGUUGCAGCACGUGGGUUAGACGUUGAGGAUGUCAAGUUUGUGAUAAAUCUUGAUUAUCCAUCGAAUUCUGAAGACUAUGUCCAUCGUAUUGGACGAACUGGACGUUCAAGGCGAACCGGAACGGCGUAUGCUUUCUUCACUCCUAACAAUGCGCAUAAAGCCAACGAUUUGAUUCAAGUUUUAGAAGAAGCUAAACAAGUUGUUAAUCCAAAAUUAUAUGAACUUGCAAGAAAUCCAAAUGCUUUCAAAAGAGGAAGAUUUUCGGGAAGAAAUGGAGUUGGAGGUGGAUCACGUGGUGGUAAUGCGCGUGGUGGUGGUGGUUCUCGAGGUGGCCGAGAUUCCGGUGAUAGAAACAGAUUUGAUCGUAAUAUUGGAGGCGAUCGUGGUAAUAGUGGAGCUGGUGGAAAUAAAUGGGGUGGAAGUAAUUCAGGUGGUAUGGUCGCAAAUAGUUAUAACAGCAAACCUUUUCCGUCAAAUAACUACGGAGGAGGUAAUUCAAAUAGCAACAGCUAUAAUCAAAAUGGUAACUCGUACGGAAAUAGUAAUUCUUACAACCAACGAAAUGGCUAUUGAUAAGAUAAAACUUACUAAAUUGUCGAGAG